GCACUCUACGUGAGUAGAGAGAGAAAGAAGAGAGAGAAGUGAACAAGUACUGCACUGCAGUUUUUGUUUUGUCAUCGUAAUUGCAUUCGAUCAAGAAGGUCGAUAAGAAGCAGUAAUGGUAAUGGUAAUGGCAAUGGCGGCGGCGGCGGCGGCGGCGGCGGCGGCGGCGGCGGCGGCGGCGGCGACGAUGUUUGCAGCGGCGAUGAUGUGCACCGUCGUCAUCGCCGGCGACCCCUUCGCGUACUUCGAUUGGGACGUCUCCUACGCCACCGCCGCCCCUCUCGGGGUUCCGCAGCAGGUCAUAACAAUCAACAAGCAGUUCCCGGGCCCAGUUAUGAACAUCACCACCAACUGGAAUGUUGUAGUGAAUGUCCUCAACAACUUGGAUGAGCCCCUUCUCCUCACUUGGGACGGAAUUCAGCAGCGGAAAAGCUGCUGGCAGGACGGCGUGCUGGGGACGAACUGCGCGAUACCGUCGGGAUGGAACUGGACUUACCAGUUCCAGGUGAAGGAUCAGAUCGGGAGCUUCUUCUACUUUCCGUCCCUUGGACUCCAACGCGCCGCCGGAGGGUUCGGCGGCAUUACUGUCAACAAUCGGGAUGUGAUCCCCGUGCCAUUCGGCAAGCCCGACGGCGACUUCACCCUCUUUAUCGGCGAUUGGUACAGCAAGAACCACUCGGAGUUGAGGAAGAUGCUUGAUCAAGGGGAGGAUCUUGGGAUGCCCAAUGGGGUAUUGAUCAAUGGAAAGGGGCCGUAUCGGUAUAAUACAACGCUCGUCCCCGACGGUAUCGAAUACGAGACUAUAAAUGUCGAGCCAGGAAAAACGUACCGCAUUCGUGUCCACAACGUAGGCGUCUCCACCAGCCUGAACUUCCGGAUUCAAGACCACAACUUGCUUCUCGUCGAGGCCGAAGGGACGUACACCGUGCAGCAGAACUACACCAACCUAGAUAUCCACGUCGGGCAGUCGUGCUCUUUCCUAGUCACCAUGGAUCAGAACGCGAGCAGCGACUACUACGUCGUGGCGAGCGCGAGGUUCGUGAACGAAUCGCUCUGGAACCGAGUCACUGGUGUUGCCGUUUUACACUACUCGAAUUCCAAAGGCGAAGCAUCGGGCCCUCUUCCCGAUCCUCCUAACGAUUUCUACUACAAGUCAUAUUCGAUGAACCAGGCAAAAUCGAUCAGGAUGAAUGUGAGUGCGGGCGCGGCGCGACCUAAUCCUCAAGGAUCAUUCAAAUAUGGCUCAAUCAAUGUGACUCAAAUGUAUCAGCUGAGAAACGAGCCGCCUCGACUCGUCAGCGGAAAACGUCGAGCCACACUAAACGGAAUUUCGUAUUCUCCGCCAGAUACGCCAUUGCGCCUCGCGGAUUUAUACAACAAGAAGGGGGUGUACACAUUUGAUUUCCCCAAUAAGCCCACUAAUUCGCCGCCCAGUAUCUGCGCAUCUGUGAUUAAUGCAUCAUACAAGGGCUUCAUUGAGAUUGUGUUUCAGAACAAUGACACUGUAAUGCAGAGCUACCACUUGGAUGGAUACUCAUCUUUUGUCGUCGGGAUGGAUUACGAGGAAUGGACCGAGAACAGCAGGAAUUCGUAUAACAAAUAUGACGCUGUUUCUCGCUCGACAGUGCAGGUUUUUCCAGGAGCAUGGACCGCGGUAUUGGUCUCGCUAGACAAUGUGGGUAUCUGGAACUUGCGCGCGGAGAAUCUCGACUCGUGGUAUCUGGGCCAGGAGACGUAUCUGCGGGUCGCGGACCCAGCAGGUUACAACAAGACCGAGUUGCCAAUCCCGGAUAAUGCUCUCUUUUGUGGACUCCUCAAAGACAAACAAAAGGCUCAAGUACCUCAUGGGGAUCAGCAAAAAUCUUCUGCAACUGUGCCAGGAAAAGGCAAGCUACUGCUACUGAUACUGCUGCUGCUCACAUUGUGCUUUGUCCCAUAAUUUAUACAUUGAUUAAAUGACACAAAAUUUGGGAACUCUUUUCUUUUUUCUUUUUUUUAUUUUAUUUUGUUCUCUUUCAAAUUAUAGGAACAUGACAUGAUUGAGUAAAGAGAUUGUUCUAGGGUUCUUGAUGUUCUAAUCUUAUUCUUAUCAAAGUGAUUAACUUUAGUCAUGUGUUUCCU